CCAGGAAAUUCAGAUUUUUUCUUCCCCGGGCCCAUCAGGAAUAUUGAUUCUUUUAUUAAUUUUCAGAUUUUAAGACACUGUGCUUUACAUAAAUACUUCAAUUCUUUUGCAUCUACUAGGGCUAUGCUCCUCAGGCUCGUCCCCAAUUCCUUGAUUUUUCUGAAUUAUUCUUUUUAACCCAAUUACACUUUUCCUGUUUGGGAAUAUUAAUUUGCAGCAAAAAAAUGAAGUUGGGAUGCUAAAUCUGUGUAAAUGCAUCAGGAAUCGGUAUGAUGAAGAGGCGCUAUUUGUUAUUUACAUCAAGCUGCGAGCUUUAAUCGUAAUAUCAGUUAUUUGAGGGGUUAUUUUAUGGCGGCAACUUCGAAUAUUUUGGUGGGCCAAAGAAAUUUGCAGAUAUUGUCUGUGAGAAAGCUUCCAUCUACUGCAUCAGCCAUUGAUACAAGCAGUGGACGGUUUAUUAAGGGGCUGAGUUCUUUCAAGUUCAAAUGCUGUUCCUUGGAAAAUUAUGGAUAUAAAUUUCGAAAUAACGAUAAUGACGUUUUCAGUAACAGUAAUGAGGCGCAGAAGGCAAGGGCUUUUGGUCCAUGCUUGCCGCCAUUUCUGUGUGAUUCAGAGGAGGCUGGUAUGUGGGAGGACAGGGCAAACAGUGUGGAUUAUAGGGCCUUUAAUGGCUCUACCAAUAGCGGAAGCUCGACCGGAUUUCCGGAUCGGCUCUUGCCCGAGAAAAUCAUGGUUGCGGUGGAUGUUGAUGAGGUUCUUGGCAAUUUUGUAUCAGCUCUCAAUCAAUUCAUUGCGAAUCGAUAUUCUAUGAAUCACUCAGUUUCUGAAUACCACGUCUAUGAGUUUUUUAAGAUAUGGAACUGUUCUCGGGAUGAAGCUAAUAUACGCGUGCACGAAUUUUUUAAGACAUCUUAUUUUAAGAAAGGGAUACAUCCAAUUCCAGGUUCCCGGAGAGCUCUCCAAAAGUUAUCCAAAUUUUGUAAUCUGUCAGUUGUUACGUCCCGACAGAAUGCAAUUAAGGAGCAUACGGUUGAAUGGAUUGAGAGAUAUUAUCCGGGGUUGUUUAUGGAGAUCCAGUUUGGGAAUCACUUUUCCUUGGAUGGACAGUCCAGACCUAAAUCAGACAUUUGCAAGUCCUUGGGAGCAAAGGUUUUGAUUGACGACAAUCCAAGAUACGCAAUUGAGUGUGCUGAAGUCGGGAUUAAGGUUCUUCUUUUCGAUUAUGAGAAUUCUUAUCCUUGGUCCAAGAUGGAGUCUGUUAAUCGACAUCCUCUUGUCACCAAGGUCCACAAUUGGGAAGAAGUGGAGCAUCAGUUAGCAUUCUGGAUUAUGUCAAGAAAAAUUUGAUCCCUCAACUAGGUUCAUGAGACAUUGAUUCAUUAGAAAUUUUAGAUUUCAUUUUUAAUAAUAGCUGGACUGUCAAAUUAAAGGAAAAUUGUAUUUUUGACAUAUUGUCGUGUCUUCGGUGGAGUAGCUCGGGAAGGGUUUUGUAAAACAGGUUCCUAUCGUAGGGAUGCUGAGGUGAAGGAACAUGUUGAUCUAAUGUUGCCAAUUUCUAAGGUCUCUUUAGAUUUUACAGUAAUAGAGGACUUAUAUUUUGUUUUCAAUAUAUUCAUGGAAUAUAAUGAACUUUGAAA